GGAUAGACUUCCAACUUCCAACUGAAACAAGCGAAAAGUCGUUUUCUUGUUGGCGUUUAAAGUUUCGCUUUUCCUGCGGACCGGAACAGUUCAAGUCCCACUGAACUGGUGGUGAAUUGCGCAGGUUCUUGGAAGGAAACAUCAUCCUGUCAGUAUCUCGAUUCGGUCGUCUAAAAUAUGAACCCAUACAUGCUAGCGGAGUUUUCCGUUGUCAUCUCAACAUUUCCGCAAAGAGGGUGGAAAAAUUGAUAGAACCAAGUUUCGGGACUGCCGUUGGUGCCCAUCAAGUAGGAAUUUCGCCGGUCGUAGAACGAAAGUUAUAAUUAAAAGAAUGCUUGUGUUUAUAAUGUGGGAAGCUGACUGGAAGUGAGAGUACGCCCCGAACAUUCACUUCAACGUUUGGUAGAUGAAUUUGAACCAGUGAUGGCCAAUGUGUUAAAAGAAGAACGGUCAAACAACGACCUCAUUUACAUAAGCAGGCAGAAGGAAAUUAUAGACGACGCUGGAAAGCAAUCCCCAGUGAGAUAUUCUGUGGAUCUUUAGGAAUAAUUAUGUGGUCCAUUCUUGUAAACAUGAAUGUUAAGGAUGCUAAUGUUUUAGGUAACCACCCUAUGGUAUCCAGAAGCUUCUACCCGAUGUAGAUGCCAAACGAGCCGUUUAUAAAACGUGAAUGAUUCAUUCGCGCUCCGUAGCCAAAUAAACAGAAUCGUGAAAUUAAUACGCGAGUGGAGCGCGUCGGUAUAGUGAGAUGAAAAAUGUACGUACACAGUAAUAGUGCGUGUAAAGUGAGUGUUUAGUACAGUGCACGUUGUACUAAAAUUCAACGACGACAGUCUAGCAGACCGGCAUUUCAGCAUGUAGUCUGACGGAAACACAUUGAUAACUCUAUCAUCGCGAUUGGUACUCGUCGUGUCCGUUUGUGUCUAGUUAGUCUAUAUGGUUAAUGCAUGCUCUGUGAGCUAUGGUAUGAAGUUUCAGAAAAUAGCACAUUCACAAUAAUUACCGGUAAUUACAUGCAAACCUGUUUGCCUAUCGGCGCUUAUCCGUGUAACACAGUACAAUGUCAUACGAAUGAAUGGAAUAUGCAUGAGUGAUAGUGUAUAUCAGUGGGUGAAAAUUACUCAAACCCGAGCGCAAAAGUCGGCGUAUGUCAGUCUGCGUGUCGUCUGCCCUGUCAAUUGCGACGAGUCUUGCUGCAGUGGUCGGUGCAAUUCCCGGUGGAUCGGAUCUCGCCGGCGGUAGCAUGUCACUGUCGCACAUGUCCGUGUCGCAGUCGCUGAUGCAUCCAUUGUCCCAUGCGCUGGCAUCGUCUAUGCUAAACAUGCCCGGAAUCGACCACCAACCACAGAACACGUCCACCAUGUCCCAACAGCAGCAGCCGCUGGCUCAUCAGCAGCACCAUCCACAUCUGCACGCGUCGCCUCUCACCAACGGUUCGGCGGCCGGUGUGAGUAGUGACAUUACGGAUCAUCCCAAUCCGGAUAUGCUGCUGGCGCUGAUAGCGCGGAACAAAACACUCGAAGCGACCAUCCCAAAGUGCGGCGGCUGUCACGAGCUGAUCCUAGACCGGUUUAUCCUGAAAGUAUCCGACCGGACGUGGCACGCCAAGUGUCUCCAGUGUAGCGACUGCCACAUCCAGCUCAAUGAGAAAUGUUUUGCUCGAAACGGUCAAUUAUUUUGCAAGGACGACUUUUUCAAGUCCUACAGGCGGUACGGUACGAAAUGUGCGGCUUGCGAUUUGGGAAUUCCGCCCACCCAGGUGGUUCGGAGGGCCCAGGACAACGUCUACCAUCUGCAGUGCUUUAUGUGUUCGAUGUGCUCGCGACAGCUCAACACAGGCGAUGAGUUCUAUCUGAUAGAGGAUGGGAAACUCAUCUGCAAGCCCGAUUACGAGGCGGCCAAAGCUAAAGGUUUAUAUCUCUCCGACGGAUCACUGGAUGGUGAAUCAUCAAACAAACGUCCUCGCACAACAAUUACCGCCAAACAGCUGGAGACGCUGAAAAGUGCAUACAAUAGUAGCCCUAAGCCGGCACGACAUGUCCGCGAACAGUUGUCACAGGACACCGGAUUAGAUAUGCGAGUAGUGCAAGUGUGGUUUCAGAAUAGACGCGCCAAAGAAAAACGACUGAAAAAGGAUGCUGGUCGAACGCGAUGGAGUCAAUAUUUCCGUUCAAUGAAGGGUGGAGGCUCACCGAGCAGGCACGAUAAACUCUUAGAUAAGGACGAAUUGAAAAUCGAUCUAGAUAGUUUUAGUCAUCAUGAUCUUAGCAACGAUAGCUUUAGUACUUCAAAUAUGGGCCUAGAAGACGGUGCUUCACCGCACAGCGGGCGUGGCUCAUACAUCCACGGAAACGGAAGUCCACCGCCGUAUCUCUCCAGUCAUUCACCUCCGCCCAUGGGACCGGGUCACCACUUCGGUUCCUAUCCAGACAAUAUUGUAUACACUCCGCUAGGUCAACCCGUCAACUCGAUGCACCAUGGCGGUCCCCGGGGUCACCACGGGAUGCACGGUAGUGCGGUAUCCGACAUGAGCAACGAUUCUAGUCCGGCUCACGGCUAUCCCGACUUUCCGCCCAGUCCCGAUUCAUGGCUCGGUGAAUCGUGCCCACCGAAUGGAUCCGUCGUAGCUCAGCAGCAACAAUCUGUGCCAGCACGGCCGCCGUCGUCGGCACCGUCAUCGGUGGCGGCCGUUGUAGCAGCAGCCGCAGCAGCAGCAGCAGCAGCUUCAGCCCUACCACAAACCAAUGGCAAUCAGGUACCGCCGGCAUUACACUACUGAUGGGCUGGAGGCGGCGAAUGCGCAGGUCUCGUAUGGGAGGGGACAACAGGACGGGGGGCUUCAGUUCGUUUAGGUUAGAUUGAUUUAUCGUAUCGAUUAAUCUGGGCUUUAGGGACGCUUUCAGGAGGGCAAUGGAUUAAAAAUAUCGACGUUUGUUCGAUUCGUUGUUAACAUUGAGAUACUCGCAAUAACAAGUUUAACCCACGAGCGAUCGCGCUGUUGUAUUUUGUACAACACGUUGAAAAAAUCUCGCUUUUUGUACUCAGCAUUAGCGUGGUGCUGACGCAGGUAAUCAACCGCGCGAGUUACGGAAAGUUAAGUGAAAUGAAACGAAAAAAAGCUUUUCAACCCAAAUGAAAAUGAGCUUUAGGUUUCAAUGAAUCAAGUUUCUGAAGGAAUCCCAGUAGAAAUUCCUGAAGCAAUCCUACAAGAAACCUCUGAAGCAAUCCCAAGGAAAAUCCUUAGAUAUUUUCCUGGAUGAUUCAACGGAAUAAUUUGAGAAGGAACCAUUGGAGAAAUUCCUACAGAAACUUCUGUAUAAUUCCCUAGAGGAGUUCCUGUGGAAAUUCCUGGGACAAGUUUUUUUUUUUGGGUCUCCAGUUAGCCUAGGGGUUGAAGCUAUGGAUCGCCAAUCCGGAGACAGCGGGUUCGAUUCCCGUUCUGGUCGGGAAAAUUGUCUCGACUCCCUGGGCAUAGUGUAUCGUUAUACCUACUUGUACAAAUUCAUGCAACGGCAGGCAAAGAAAGCCCUUCAAUUAAUAACUGUGGAAGUGAUCUAAGAACACUAAGUUGAAUAGAGGCAGGCCAAGUUUCAUUGCGAACGUCGAGCCAUAAAGAAGAAGAAGAAGUUUGCACAAAAACCAGCAAGAAUAUCUGGUGGAAUCCCACCCAGAGUUUCUGAAAGAAAUACAAGAAAAACUUUUGAAGCAGCCACAGGAGAAAUGUCUGGAAAAAUCUUGGGGAUAUAUCUGAAGGUAAUCUUAUAAAAAUCCGCGGAAGAAUUCAUUAAAUUCUGGUAGAAUUCCCAGAACAAUUCCUGGAGGAAUCGUAGCAAAAAUUGCUGGGGGUAUCCUACAGGGGGUAUUCCUGUAGGGAGAAAUCCCAGUAUGAAUAUAUGGUAGAAUCUCGAAGAAAAAAAAACCCAGCACAUGAUUCUGUAACAAGCCCUACAAGGAACCGCUCAUAAGCCACGUUGAUCAAAUUUUGGUCAUCUCAGACCCUUCUUCCCCCUCGUAGAUUUUCGUUCAUUCAGACUUUUAAGGAAUCCCUAGUGGAAUCUAUGGAUUGUUUCUGUUUCAGAGGAAGAACCUUUCAGCCAUUUGAAGCGAAACGGUUUGAAAGUUUGGACAAGGUUAGGUCACGUUAGGUACUACAGGAGCAGAAAUAAGUCAAUUUUCCGGUCGGGGUAGACAGAAUCGAGGCUUGAUAUAAUCGGGUCACCUUAGAUAGAACAGCAGUGUAUUGCCCUAUCCAUGAUUUCACAUUUCUCUGGUGGUACUGACUAUGAGCUAUCAGUCACAACGAGUAACAUUGGUUUUUUAUAGAAUCUUCGCCGACGUUGCGAUCCCUUAUAGCAUAUUUUUCAAGGCUCGAUACUCUCGAAAAUGAUUCUUAACUUAGAAAAAAAAAUGCUUUUCUCAACAUUUUCAAACAGCACUGUCAAGCAAAUAGUUCCUCGAGGAGUUUCGUUAUGAAAUCUUGACCUGUUUAUAUGUAUACUCGUCCAGGUCUUGUGCCAAUAGCUUCUCUAGAUGUUAUACCAUUCUCUUUCAUUUUCUUGGCGUAACGUCCCAACUGGGAUUGGAAGCCUGCUUCUCAGCUUUGCAUGUGUAUAUCGUGUAGCAGGCACGAAGAUACUCAGAUUUAGAAGCCCAAAGAAGUCACGGAAGUUCCAUUUACGAAAACUUCCUGGACCGACCGGGAAUUGAACCCGUCACCCCCAGCUUGGACAUACUUAAGUGGAAAGGUUUUUCGGAUUCUGCACUUCAAAGAGUACUCAUCACAAUGCAGUUGUAUUGCAAAUGAUCAGGGGUUCCCAAUCUGGGGUCACGGGCAAGAAAAAUUUCUCAAGAACCGAAAGUUUUAGGAAGGAGUGCAAAUAAUUUUCGGAUAAAUCAACUCAAGGAUCAUUAUCUCAAAUAUAGACAUGCUGAAAAAAAUCAGUGGUUUUCAGUCUAUGGGCACGGGCUACAUCAAUAUCUUAAGAACCGCAAGUGGGUGGACUAAUUGAAAAUGUUUUCCGGAUUCUAUGCCUUUGAAUCAACUUACUUGAAUAUAGCCCAGUGGCUCCCAAUAUGACGUCACGGGUCACGGGACUUUCUGAAGCACCGGUAGUGCUAGAAAGUAGAGAAAAUGUUUUACGAAUUGUUCAUCCAUCUCAAGGGUCAGUACCUUGAACACAGAUGCAUUUCAAAAAUCAGUGGUUUUCAAUUCAUGGUUAUGGGCUACACUGCCGUGUGCAGCAUAGUUGUACUAUGUUAAUAGGGUUUUCCAUAGAACAUGGACAAAUAUGCUGCACACGGAAGCACACGUCUCAGGAGUGUUUCAGGGGCUCUCAGGGAGUUCAGGUGGUCUAAGGAACGUUUCAGAGUUCUCAGAGGUUUCAACAGGGACUCUAGGGGCUUAGGGGGCGUUUCGGGGGUUUCCUGGGAGUUUCCGGGGUUCCCAGGGGAAUCCAGGGGGAUUAUAAAAGGGGUCCAGGUGGAAUUCCAAGAGGUCCCAGGGGGAUCCCUGGAGGGCUCAAAGGCAUUCUCAAAGAGGUUCUCAGGAGGUUCCAGGGGGGCGCUCCAUGGGGUCCCAAAAUCAUUUCAUGAAGUUUCAGGAGAUCUCAGGGAGCUUGAGGAAGAUCUCAAGAGACCUCAUGUGCGCUUCAGAGGAACGAGUGGUAUAUGAAUGGCCAUAAUUUGGUCUACGUAGUUUAUGGAGAGACCCAUACUAAACCCAUAAACCGUUACCUAAGUUUGGGAACCACUAGGCUUUGUAACACCCCUUUAUUAUAAGAACUGAUCCUUGAGGAUUCCUAGGACUUUUGGCUUGUGAGAAAUUAGCAUGGCCUGUGACCCUAGAUUGGAAACCCCUGAGGUUUACAACACCAGUAUAUUGUAAUCACUAUUACUUGAGAUGUAGAUUCUUAAUAAUAUUCACACCUUCGUUUCGGACUUCCGGUUCUAGCGAAAUCAGCAUGGCCCGUGACCCCACCACUGAGUUUUGCAACGCCCCUUUAUUAUAAUAAUUGCUUCUUGAGGCGCAGAAUCUGAAAACCAAUUUCGAUUUCUCGUCGCACUUUUGAUUCAUGAUAAAUUAACAUGGCCUGUGACUCUUGAUUGGAAACCUCUGAGCUUCACAACAACAUCUGGACCUUGAGGUCCAGAAACCAACAAGCAUUCACACCUUCUCCUCGCACCUUCUGUACUUCAGAAAUCAGCAUGGCCCGUGACCUCUGCUUGGGCAACACCACUGAUCUGGGCAACACCACUCUAUUGUAAAACAUGUAAUGUAUAUGCUUCUUGAAACGCAGAAUCCGAAAAAAAUCUCACCCUCCCCUAUAACUUUCGGAUCUUCAGAAGCUCGCGUGGCCCGUCACUCAAGAUUUACACUACUUACUUUGAAAAAUCAUAACUCAAGAACGAAGCAUCAUGAAAACAAAGUUUUUUUUGAGACAAUGAAAGCAAAUUUUCUUAGAAAUCUUUUUGAGGAAGUUAUUCCAUAUGCUUUAAUCGUUGAAUUUUUUGGAAUGCACUUUUUUUUGUUUUUGUGUUAUGGCCAAUUUUGUUGAAAAAUAUCUAAAUGUGCCAUAUAAGCCUUUUCUUUGAAAAAUCAUAACUCAAGAACGAAGCAUCGUAGAAACAAAGUUUUUUUUCGAAAAUGAAAGCAUUUUUUUUCAGGAACUCAAAAAAAAUAUGAAAAGUUUUCCACAAAAUUUUCCACCGUUGAGGAAAUACAUAAAGAAAAGCCCGAACUAGCGGGCUUUGAGAAAUAUUUUUGAGAAGGUAGUUUCAUAAGCUUUGAUGGCUGAAAUUUUUAAAGUCCAUUCCAAAAAUUUCAGCAAUCAAAGCUUAUGAAAUUAUUUUCCCAAAUUUUUUUUUUUAUUUUUCGCGAGUUCGAGAAUAGUUUUUUUGGCUUUUCUUUUUGAAUUUUCUCAACGGUGGAAAACUUUUUCCAUUUCAUAUUUUUUUUUUUUUUUUUGAUUCCUGAGAAAAUUUGCUUUCAUUUUCAUUAGAAAACAUCGUUUCUACAAUGCUUCGUGCUUGAGCAAAGAAAAGGCUUAUAUGAUACAUUUGGACAUUUUUUCAGCAAAAUUGGCCAUAACUCAAAAACGAAAAAGAAGUGCAUUCCAAAAAUUUCAGCGAUUAGAGCUUAUGAAAUAUCCUUCACAAUUUUUUUUACGAAUUUUCUCAACUGUGAAAAAUUUAGUGGAAAACUUUUUUCAAUUCAUAUUUUUUUGGAUUUCUGAGAGAAUUGGCUUUCAUUUCCUAAAAAAAACUUUGUUUCUCUGAUGCUUCGUUUUUUAGUUAUGAUUUUUCAAAGUAAGUAGUGUCAUUUUUCCACCUGAGUUUUCCGGAAAAAUAGGCGACCCUGAAUUUUUCUCAUUUUUUUUAUUGUUCAUAUAUUCAUGAGCCCAGCCUGUGGAAAAAUUUUCAUGAAAAUCUGAGACCCUUCGGCCCAAUUUAGACGAUAAUAAAAAAAAUGCGCAGUGGCUAUACAUUAGAGUAAAAAAGAGGGAUCCAGCUGCUUCCAGCAAUAGAAAAUUUUAAAAAAUAUUAGAAAACAUAAUUUUCAGAGUAAAAUAGGGUAAAGUAACUCUAAUCAAUGCUACCAUUUAGUUUCUUGAUAUUCAGCAUCAGCAAAAUAUAGUUUGGUUGGGCACAAUCAGCUGCAAAUAUUUCAAAAUCUUGAUAAAAGCGUCAUACUUCAGAAUAAAAAAGGGUAAACUAGAACAAAACGGCCACCACUGCAUACCAUCAUGUUUCUCGAAAAUUUUGCAGCAGUAAAAUAUAACUUGGCCGACAUUUCAAAAUCCUGAAGAAUGUAAUUUUUUAGAGUCAAAUAGGGUAAAAAGGGACAAAACGCCUACGUCUAGUCAUUGUCAUGUAAUGAAAUGUGUUACCAUUUCGUUUUCUUGUAAAUUCUGCGUCAGUGUGGUUGGCCUCCAUCAUUCGCAUUUAAAUAUUUAAAAAUCCUGAAAAACUUCAUUUUUAAGCGUAAAAUGGGGUAAAAUUCGUGUGCAAAUUUUUCCAGGAAUUCAAUUUGACGUUUGUCCAGGAAUUUAAUAUUGAUCUUUUAUGAAGAAUGAUUCAGGGUCUCUAAAUCCAUUCCGAGCUUCCAAGUAUUGAACCUGGUUGUCUGUAAUACUAUCCUCAGCAACUUCUAUUAAAUAGUUUACUUGUUUUUUUUUUUCAUAUAUAUUAAAAAGAUUAGCAUGGGUUUAUCAAGAAAUUUGGAAGGGGAAAUUGACUAAAUAUUUUCCAGAUCUGUUUUAGGACUGCAAAGUCUUAUUCAAGGUUUUUUUCGUAGAUGUUGCAAGAGACCAACCAUUUCUUAUAGAAAUUUAUCCAUGGGUGCACGGCGAAUAUCCACGAAUAAACUUCUUUUGAAAUAAAUUUUGAGAAAUUUAAAUAAAUAUGCUAGAAUCGUUGUGUAAUGAUUCUGAAAAAUCCGAUAUAAUGCUGUUAAUAUCAUAUUAAAGACCCAGACAACCAGUAAUCGUAUAAGAUGAUGCAUAAGAUGAUAGAGUGGAGGCCAUAUGCGUACAUGCCACCAUUUAGGCGCAUUUAAAAUGUAGACAUAUCGCCUCCACGUUAACAUCUUAUACGGUCACUGGUUGACUGGGGAUAAACACGUCCUGGCGGUGUCAUUACGCCAAGAGGGAAAAAGGGCUGUCCAUUGUUUCAACAAAGGAAAAAAAUAUGUUUUUAUUCAUUGCCCAUUUGAAAGCGGACCUUUCGUAACAGAUAAACUGUACGUAGAAUACAAAAAGAAAUGAAUCCAUCGUGGUUUCAAAAUGUUACUAGUUCAAAGAACUAAAACGGUUACUAUUAGCACGCGCUUCCUCCAAUGGAAAGCAUACAAAGGUAGAACACUUACGUAUAUUUUAUUGCCAUUAUUGUUUUUACUAUCAUUAGUUACUUCAUAACUCAGAGUCAAUACCAAAAAAAAUAACUAAAUACUAAAACUGUAUAACAAAGCGAGAGCCAACUAGUCCAACGGGUGUGUGUAAACUCAGCUAGUCUUAUUUAGGAUUAACACAAGAGCAGAGAUCUCCAAUAUGUUUCAUUUCAUUUGAGAGAAAGGGAUUUCGAAGCAAUAUAGCAUUUUUAUUUUGUUCAAACUGUCUACUAUUAUAUCUAAAUAUUGAAUUUAUUUAUCAAAGUGUAUAGUUUGAGUAAGAUUAACUGAAUCAGUUCCUUAAACGCUAAUCCAAUAAAAGAAAAAGAAAACUAGACUUAGGAAUUGAAUUUAAUUGCCAUAAAACAGGUUUUUCAGUUUACAAUCGUCGGAAUCCGUGUCAAAGCUCUAGUCUUGUUUCAGGCUGCAAUCAUAUUUCACGGUAAAUCGUAAGCAUUUAGUAUUUACUAAGCGGGGAAGCCAGCAGUUUGGAUGGAAUCUAAUAGGUGUAAAGUAAACUUUUUUUUCCUAAAGUUAUUCACGUAGCGCACGAUUGCGGAAAGUGUAAAUAGAAUUUCAAGAAAAAAAGAGCAUUUAACGUUUAAGUAGAAACAACAGAUCCUUAUACAGAUAGCUGAGUAACUGUGUAAAAUCCAAUGUGUACAUAUUUAUUUAAUUUAUUGCUAAACGAAAUGAAAAUGAGACCUUUACAAACAAUACAUCUUAAAACUGAAAUACA